AUGGCUGCCGGCGGCUGUUUCUGCGGCAAAGUGCGAAUCCAGUUGAAUGGACAGCCUCUAACCACAGGACUAUGUUACUGCGAUGAUUGUCGCAAACUCACUGGAGCUCCCUUCACCUACAAUCUACUGGUCAAGACGACCGACAUGGAGAUCUCCGGCAACCCCAAAGAAGUGGCCAAGGCCGCCGACAGUGGUAAUGACAUUCGGAAUUAUUUCUGUCCAGACUGUGGAACACCGCUGUAUGGAGUGAAAAUCAAGGAUGGAGAGCCUGAUGGGAUUAUCGUCCUUCGGUCGGGGAUUAUGGACGAUCCUCGACUGCUGAGACGAAAGCCCGACGCGGAAAUCUUCACGGAUCGCAGACCUCCCUGGUUAGCGCCGGUGGAGGGAGCGGCGCAAUUCAGUGGCAUGCUGCCUCUCAAUGAUUGA